UACUCAACGAGAGGCCAUGGCCUCAUUACCCUCACUUUCCUGAUCGGGAGCCCACUUGGGCAUACCUUUGGGACAAUGUCUCGGAGAUGUCGGGCGAUCCAAAGAUCAUGUACAUGCAGUACACUGCGGAGUUGGACACUCUUACCGCUGAGCAGGUGGAAUGGGAGCCAUAUGGUAGCUACUACCGUAUUGGCGCGUCGAUGACUGACCUCAACCACAAGUGCACGGAGGAGGCGCGGUUCUGGCGUAUGCGCUGCCCACUCAUAUGCAUGUGGCUUGUUGAACACCACCAGCCGCAAAGAGUGAUGAGACAGUUUGGGCUGUAUCAGGAGUGCCCACCAGUGUGGCAAGACACGGACAAGGCGCUUCAUAGGCUUGAUAGGCAGCGGCAGAGGAAGAUCACAAAUUGGCCAGUCCAUCAUAGCGGCCACAUCGCAGCAUUCCAACAGUGUUUGGAAGCGGCACGGAAUGCUGGCCCUGAGCAGAUUGUGCCUCACAACUUCGCCGCUUUCAACAACUACCUCGAGUGGUUCCAUGAGAACACGCGUAUCGAGUUAGUUAAGCACGCGUAUCCUGAGGAGAUCUUGGACGACCCCAUCCGACGGAAGGAGAUCGAAAAAACAGCUGAGGAGUGCGAGGUUAUGUGGGAGCAGAGCGGGAGAGAUGACAAGCCUGUCCGACCGUUGCGGUAUUUCAUUAAGAUUCCUGAGGACGAGCUAAUUCUGAGUCAAGGCAUACUUCCAAAGCGUACCUCGAAGCAAGCCUCACGAUUGGAUGAUUGCCUGAUUGAAGAUGGCUGGACUGGGACUGCCAACUGGGAAGGCCACUAG